AUGGCUAUCAAUUUUUCGGCCUCGUUUGCUGCCUGCCUAGCGGCAGGACUGAAAGUGCCGCGCCAGAUCAUGUACUGCAUCUCGCAGGACACGGCUCCGUACGUGCUGUACAAGGACUCGCAGGAAGCGGCGGAACGUGGUGCAGCGGCGGCAGCCGCCGUACAGUGGGGAAAUGCCGAGGGCCAAGCUAUCUACCAGCAGAACGCUCAGAACCACCUGCAGGCACACAUGAACGGGUCGGCAACGCAGCAACAACUUGUGGCUGCAGCAGCAGCGGCCGCCGCACAGCAUCAUCAUCAUCAGCAGCAGCAGCACCAUCAGCAAACUUCCGCCAACCAUAGUCCGCCGAAUCAGGACAAUAGGCCUCAGCAACCGGGUGAACAAGCGAAUGGUCAUCUGCACAGCCCGGCCACUAGUCCGUAUCCUGCGAAUAACGGUCCAGACAUAGAGGAAGAUUUGAUCAAGGUACAAAGCAUGCAACAAGCCGUUCAACACCAGCAGCAGCAGCAGCAGCAGCCAAACGGACAGCAGUUGGUCCAGCAGCAACAACAACAGCAACAAGGUGGCAACAACUCGUCCGGUGCCCACCCGAACGAUCCAAACCAGCAGGGCAACCAAUCGGCACCGGCCGGCGGAGGUAACAGUGGUGGCGGCGGCGGUGGACCUCCCGGGCCGCCCGGCUGUUUCGGGAACGAAGCGUCCCAGGCCGAGCUGAACUAUUACGCCCAGCGCCAUCACGCCGGACCACAGGGCGCCAUGUUACCGCCGCCGGGCUUUGCACCGCUUCACCACUAUCUCAACAAGACGGGCGUCCUGCCGGUCGGUAUGCCAACCGGGCUCGAUCAAUCCGGAGCCCUGGAACAGUACGGCAUGCCCGAUCUACUCCACGGCGGUGGUGGUGGUGGUGGUGGUGGAACAGGAGCAACCGCACCCGGUGGAGCACCUGGUGGCGCUGGAACCAAUCAGCAACUUCACCACUCGCCAACGAACGGUGUCGCACCCGGGCCGAACGGUGCAGGCACCAACGCAGGCAACACCGGUACCGGUACCGGCAGUCACUCGAAGUCGAAAAACUCUGACCUCCGUCUGUUCAAAUGCUUAACGUGUGGGAAAGACUUUAAGCAGAAAAGUACGCUGCUGCAGCACGAACGCAUCCACACCGAUUCGCGCCCGUACGGUUGCCCCGAGUGUGGGAAACGCUUCCGGCAACAGUCCCACCUGACGCAACAUCUGCGGAUACACGCGAACGAGAAACCGUUCAGCUGCGCUUACUGUCCCCGCAGCUUCCGGCAGCGGGCCAUCCUGAACCAGCACAUCCGCAUUCACUCAGGUGAUAAGCCGUUCGGCUGCCCGUAUCCGGAAUGCGGCAAAAAAUUUCGACAAAAGGCCAUAUUGAACCAACAUGUGCGCACCCAUCAAGAUGUUUCUCCGCAUUUGAUCUUCAAGAACGGUCCGCACGCAACGCUCUGGCCCCAGGAUGUGCCGUACCCGCCCGAGCUGGAAAACGCUCAACCGAAGGACGAACAAACGUUCGGUGACGAAGCGUCCCAGGGUGGUGGUGAAUCGCGCGGCUGCUUCUCGCCGGACAACUAUCCGGCCUACUUCAAGGAUGGCAAGGGUGUGAACCAUUCGAUCUUUGGCAACAAUCUGCAGUAUCUGAACAAGGCUACCGGUGGCAAAGCGAUACUGCCCGAUGUGAUCCAGCACGGGCGUUCGGCCGGUAUGCCACUGUAUGUGCGCUGCCCGAUCUGUCAGAAGGAGUUCAAGCAGAAGAGUACGCUGCUGCAGCACGGUUGCAUACACAUCGAGUCCCGGCCGUACCCGUGCCCGGAGUGUGGCAAACGGUUCCGGCAGCAAUCGCACCUGACGCAGCAUCUGCGCAUCCACACGAACGAGAAACCGUUCGGGUGUAUGUACUGUCCACGGUUCUUCCGGCAGCGAACGAUUCUGAAUCAGCACAUUCGUAUACAUACCGGAGAGAAACCGUACCGGUGUGGUCAGUGUGGCAAAGACUUCCGGCAGAAGGCGAUCCUUGAUCAGCACACCCGGACGCACCAGGUAGGCGACCGACCGUUCUGCUGCCCGAUGCCUAACUGUAGGCGACGCUUCGGUACUGAGCAGGAGGUGAAGAAACAUAUCGACAACCACAUGAACCCGCACUCGUCCAAAUCGCGCAAGCUGGCUGCUCUAAACAACAACAAUAAUAAUAAUAAUAACAACAACAACAACAACAAUAGCAGCAGUAACAACAACAACAACAAUAAUAAUAAUAACGAAAACAGCGACGCUGCACGAAACAAUGGUACGGCGAAUGGAAACAAUACCGGUGGCAACAACACCGCUGCCACCGCCAACAAUAACAACAACAACAACAACAAUACCAACAAUAAUAAUAACAACAACAACAACAACAACGGCAUAAUCGAGCAGAAGGUAUCGCCAUCGUUUUUGAUGGACAAGCAGAACCAGCUGAUCCAGCGUAUGGCCACGCCGGUAAAGCACGAGCUGUACUUCCCGCAGUGUUACGGUCCACCCUUUAAUCAAUCGUUCGUCGCGGGUGCGGCCGCGGUAGCGGCGGCCAACGCCAACGGACAGGCGGCAGCGGCCGCCGCAGCAGCAGCAGCCGCCGCAGCCGCUGCCUCCGUCACACCGAACGUUGGCGGUCCACCGCAGAAUCCCGGCGGGGCGGGUAAUCCGCCCCCACCACCACCACCCCACGGAGCUGGGCCGAAUGGGGGCGGUCCGCCGGUGCCGCCGCCAGUAUCGGCAGCAGCGGCCGCAGCCGUAGCGGCCGCAAUCGUAGCCGCCCCGAUACCGCAAGCCGUCGUGGCACAGUGAUAUCCGAGCGAUCCACAGCAUUUGGUUCACCUGCAUCAACCGCAGCCACCACAACCACCACAGCAACCGCCAUUGCAUCAUCCGCUCGAAGCGAUGGCGAAUGGACACUAAGCCAUGCGUAAAGUCUCGAUA